AUGGCCAAGGGAUCGUGGCUCGAGCUUCAGGUUGAUAUCUUCGGUGAAUUAGUUAUACAACCACGAGAUCAUCGAUUUCUUAUAGUUGUGCAUGAUCUUUAUUCAAAAUGGCCGGAAAUUCGCUCAACCGCUCAGGUACGAGCAUCGGAUGUUAUUUCCUUCAUGGAGGAUCUAUUUGUCAGAUGGGGUUUGCUGGUUUCCAUCACUACAGAUAAUGGACCCCAAUUCAGAUCUCACGAGUUCAAGCAAUGGUUGAAGGGUCACGGCGUUCGACACGUUACCAUUCCCCUGUAUCAUCCACAGGGUAAUGCGGGUGUGGAGAGGCUUAACCAGGUGAUUAAGCAAGUCUUAAAGGCACAGCUGGCAGGAGAGAAAUCUAUGGUCGACGCACUGAGGUAUAUACUAUUUCAUUACAGAACGACACCUCACUCUGUCACAGGGAAAUCUCCAGCGGAGCAGAUGGUAGGACGUAAGUUACGACAACCGUUGUCACAGCUACUACCGCCAUACUGGAAAGAGGACUCAGGAGCAGAGUCGACCAACAGACAAAUAAGAAAUAAAGAACAAGCACGGAAGGUGGAGCAGCGUCAACAACAAACGAAGCAGUAUAAGGAUCAUAGGCGGAGAGCUCAACCCUCUCACUUUCAGCCUGGUACCUGGGUUCGGGUAAAGCGACCAGUCCAAGGACACAAACUGAGGGGCAUCUUGUCAAUGCCACUUUAG